CUUAGUGUUCGGUUGCCCCGGUAACGUUUGACGUCAGUCCUCCUUCGGUGCCUUGGACUGGUGUGAUUGGAAGGAAACCCCGUGGACUAGAUUCAGUCGGACUGACUGGGAAUCAGCUGUGGUUCGGUACGCUGACAUCUGCCAGUACUCAGUGAGCAGUCAUGAGCGACGCACCUCAGAAAGAACUGGUCCAGAAGGCCAAGCUCGCGGAGCAGGCCGAGCGUUACGACGACAUGGCCGCUGCCAUGAAGACCGUGACGGAGGACAACAACCAGUUGUCGAUCGAGGAGCGCAAUCUGCUCUCGGUAGCCUACAAGAACGUGGUGGGCGCCCGACGCUCCUCGUGGCGCGUGGUGUCCAGCAUCGAGUCGAAGGCCGAAGGCGAGAAGAAGCGGGCCAUGGCCAAGGAGUAUCGGGAAAAAAUCGAGAAGGAGCUGAAGGACAUCUGCAAUGAUGUGCUGAAACUCUUGCAAUCUUGCCUCAUUCCCAACGCCACCCAAGCGGAGAGUCGAGUCUUUUAUUUGAAAAUGAAAGGUGACUACUACCGCUACUUGGCUGAGGUGGCUUCAGACGAGGAGAAGAAAGCCAUCAUUGCAGACUCACAGAGCGCCUACCAACAAGCCUUUGAUAUCAGCAUAGAAGAAAUGCAGCCCACGCACCCUAUCCGUCUUGGUCUCGCUCUUAAUUUCUCAGUGUUCUUCUACGAGAUUCUCAACUCACCUGAGCAGGCCUGCAAGCUGGCCAAACAGGCUUUCGAUGAUGCCAUCGCAGAGCUCGACACACUGAGCGAAGAAUCGUACAAAGACAGUACACUAAUCAUGCAGCUAUUGAGAGACAACUUGACACUGUGGACCUCUGAUAACCAGGCCGAGGGAGAGGAUCAAGAGGAGACCAGAGACUGAGCCAGAUCCCCAUAGUCAUCCCUGUCUGCCUGCCAUCAUCCCGGCUCAUCUUCAUCCACCAUCACCAUCAACACUGAGACCACCUCAUUAUCAUCAUUGUCAUCCAACUCUCCAUUUUUUUUUUUUUUUUUUUUUUUGUCUAUCUAGGUCUCUCGAUGCUCAUCUCACCCUAUCGGUUUACUAUUCCUUUUUUUGUAGUAACUGUGGGGGGAAAAGGGGAUGGGGGAGGGAGGGAGGGUAGCGUGAGUCCAGGGGUUGGAUGCCUUGCUGUUGACUUAUUUUUCCUGUGUAGGAGCAAUAGUGUUUUAUUCAAGUGCUGGAUGGCAGAACUAAGGAAACGUGCAGUCGGUUGAAUUAUUUCGAAGAAAAAAAAAACAACGCAGAAAAAUGGUUAGACUGUGUGUGUGUGUAUCUCCGCUCUUAUUAUCGGUUUUGUUAGAAACAAUCUUUCGAUGCCACAUGCAGUUUGACAGAGAACGGUAGCUGACGGCAGGUGUUGGGUCUGUAUUAGCAAAGCAUUUGACAGCGAGAGGUGAAAUGGGGAGUGCUGGAGAUGGAAGGCAAGAUUUGUUUGAACAGAGGUUACAUUCCAUUUACUGUCCGUUGCUCAACUUUCUACUCUGUUUUUUUUUUUUUUUUUUUUUUUUGGUUCUUUUUUUUUUGUUUUUCUCGGGAGGGGGGUGCUGCUUUUGUAUUUCUACCUAUUAAUUACGAGGUAUAGAAAACUCUCAUGAGCAAAACGGCACACAAGCUUUUACUGUUGCUUUUUUUUGUAUGACCACAGCAGUAAAAAAAAAAAAAAAAAAAAAAACAAAUCAAGAAAAAAAAAAGAGUCCUACAUGCUUAUCUAGUUACUGCUUUUUCCACGUGUAAUAUUUUUAUUUUGUCCCCCCCCCCCACCCAUUAUUUGCCUAAACUGCAUGUUAAGAAGUAGUUUGUGGAGAAGUAAGGAUGGUGGUCGCUGUCGGGCUGGGUAGCUAUGUUUGUCUUUAUGAUUGAAUUUUCAUACAAAACACCCAAGCAUACCUAUUAUUUGGGGGAAAUCUGUAAUUCAGUGUAAGUGGAAUAAAAUAAUUUAAACGGUUCA